UGUAGGACUUUCAGCUUGAACACACCGUACUGAAAGUUUUACUAACAAAAAAUUUCCCCAGUUACAAAUUUCAGCAAUAUUCGGUUUAUUUUCCUAUUUCUGUGAAGCUAAGCGCUAAAGAAAACUAUACACAAUGUGCGGUGGUUGUGGAGGCUGCGGACCCUGCGGUGGUUGCGGACCCUGCGGAGGUUGCGGACCUUGCGGAGGUUGCGGACCUUGCGGAGGUUGCGGACCUUGCGGAGGCUGCGGACCUUGCGGGGGUUGCGGACCCUGCGGUGGGUGCGGACCUUGUGGUGGGUGCGGCCCAUGCGGGGGCUGUGGACCCUGCGGAGGCUGUGGACCCUGCGGCGGUUGUGGACCCUGCGGAGGCUGUGGACCCUGCGGAGGCUGUGGACCCUGUGGGGGAUGCUGGUGUUAGCGGCCCAGACAAGAUCUAAAUGUAUAUGUGCUAAAUUUCAGAACGAAAUAAGGAGAAAAAUAUUUGCAGAUGCCAUUACACCUUGUUGCAAUAGAAUUUUCGGAAAUAUUAUUUUAAUAAAAUGACCAAUUUGUGGACCUUAUGUUCAAAAUA